AUGAGAGAAUAUCCACAGGACAAGAAGGCUGGCUCGGUGGCUACCACCGCCACAGUCCACAAUGAAGGAGAAACGCAAUGGUGCUGUGAAAGAAUCGCCGCUCCUUGGGGUCCGACUACCCUGGGGCCAGAUGCUGAAUGGCUCUUUCGCAAAGAAUUUGAAUUCCAAUCUGGCAAGAAAGCCAGACUCUCAAUCACUGCGCAGGGAGUUUACGAGGCCGAAAUCAACGGCCAUCGUGUUGGAGACCAUUUCAUGGCUCCAGGGUGGACAGCCUACGACGGCAGACUCCAAUACCAGACCUACGACGUGACAUCUUCACUUGUUGCUGGGAAGAAUUGUAUUGGAGUACGUGUUGCUGAAGGCUGGUUCUGUGGACGUAUCGGGUUCGAAGGUGGUCACCGAAAUAUAUGGGGACCUCAUCCGGCCUUGAUAGCGCAGCUGGAAAUCUACGACGACACAAAUAUUGAGAUCAUCCCCACGGAUGGCACUUGGCUCGUGACGAAAGGGCCAAUCCAGCGGGCUGAGAUUUAUGAUGGAGAGAAAUACAACGCUACUCUCGAGGUCCCGUACUGGUCGACAGUUGCGCCAAACGGGGCCGACAGUGCUCACGAUUGGGUGCCUGUGCUUUGCAUGGCUCCGUUGCCGGAGCAAACCAUCCUGACGCCUGGAUUUGGAGAACCGGUCAGACGAAUUGAGAUUGUCAAACCGCUCCAACAUAUUCUUUCGCCAUCGGGGAAAUCAAUCCUCGACUUUGGUCAGAAUCUGGUGGGAUAUGUCAGACUGAGGAACAUCAAGGGUUCCCGCGGGCACAAGAUCACCUUGUCGCACGCGGAAGUUUUGGAAAACCAAGAGAUCUGCACCAGACCUCUUCGUCAAUGUGAUUCUGUCGAUGAAUAUAUCAUCAGGGGUGACGUGAACGGCGAGAGCUAUGAGCCCCGAUUCACCUUUCAUGGAUUUCGAUAUGCCCAGAUUGACGGAUGGGCGAGUGAAUUCCCUUUAAUGAACUCCGUGGAAGCAGUUGUAUGCCAUACCGAUUUGAAAGAAGCCGGCUCAUUCUCAUGCUCCGACAAUCUCCUAAACCAGCUCUUCCAGAAUAUCCGCUGGGGAGUGAAGGGGAACUUUCUCUCGGUGCCAACUGACUGUCCCCAGCGAGACGAGCGAUUGGGAUGGUCUGGGGACCUCGCACUCUUUGCUCCAACGGCGGUUUUGCUGUUCCACUGUUUUGACUUUCUCAAAAACUGGCUUAUCGAUGUUUGGCAUGAUCAACAAGUGUUGGAUGGUGUCCCAGCCAUGGUGACUCCCAACGCCACGCUACCAGAUCCGACGUGGUGUCGCCGAAAGCCCUGUGCCAUAUGGCAUGAUGUCACGGUUCUGUUGCCAUGGGCUCUCUACGAAGAGACGGGCGAUAUUGGGAUUCUUGAACAACAAUACGAGAGUAUGACAACUUGGAUGAGAAUACUCCCAAGAAGUACAGAGGGUUGCACUCAUCUAUGGGAUCCUAGCAUCUUCCAGCUUGGAGAUUGGCUAGACCCAGAUGCUCCAGCGGACGCCCCAUGGAAGGGCAAGACAGACGCUCAACUCGUGGCAAAUGCCUUCCUGAUUCAAAGCCUAGAUCUCAUGGCUCGGAUUGCCGCCCUUCUUCACAAAGACGAAGACAAGCAGCGUUACGAGAUAGAUUUCCUAGCAACGAAGAAGGAAUUCCAAGAAGAGUACGUGACUUCCACCGGCCGUCUUGUAUCAGACAGCCAGGCAGCCUACUCCAUCGCGAUCUGCUUUGGUCUUUUGACGCCUGUCCAACAAGAACAUGCUGGAAAUCGCCUAGUGUAUCUUGUGAAGAAGAACAACUUUCGGAUUGGCACCGGCUUCGCCGGAACACCAUUCCUGUGUGAAGCCCUUGUCUUGACAGGUCAUAUUCAAGUCGCUUAUGCGAUGCUUCUUGAGAAGGCCUGUCCUUCAUGGCUGUAUCCUGUGACUAUGGGAGCUACCACAAUGUGGGAACGGUGGGAUAGCAUGCUUCCAGACGGGUCCAUAAAUCCCGGAGAAAUGACUUCCUUCAAUCAUUAUGCCUUUGGGGCUAUUGGAAAGUUUUUGUUUGAGAGAGUCGCGGGCUUACAGAGGGCCGGACCUGGAUGGAAGAGGUGCCGCAUCGCGCCAUGUAUUGGUGCUGAUCUCAACGCAGCUUUGGCUUCUCAUCAGACUCCCUUGGGACUCGUGUCUUGCUCGUGGAAGACGGCGAUUCUUGCGGACAAGCGGAGUACGCUGGAGUUGCGAGUCUCAGUUCCACAAGGCAUGACCUGUGAUGUUAUUCUCCCCGAGGGCUCUGGACUUCUGGAGAAGACUGUUGGCCCUGGGGAGUGGAAAUUUGAGACGACUUUUACUCGAGAGUACGAGUGGCCUCUCGAGCCUUUACCUGCGAAAUCAUAA